AUGCGAAUUAUAGUUUGUCUUGGUGACUUGAAUGCGAAGCUGUUGAUGAAGAUGCAGACUCAGUUGACGGAUAUCCUCACUGCUUCAAAAUCUUCUCCUACAGUAUUGAUGUGUGUGGUGGCGCUAUCGAGUGCCGCCCCCCAGUCCUUCUCCCGCCACCGAGCCGUUCCUCAGAGGGCAAUAUAUGAGAAUUUUCGUUCCAAGAGCUUCAGUCGUCCAACUCCUGAGGACAUCGAAUUCAGACUCUAUACCAGGGAAUCUCGCAAUGACCCCGACCGCCUCGUCGCCGGUAACCUGACCUUGCUCGAAGGGUCAAAGUUCAAGAGUGAAUUGCCUCUGGUCGUCGUUACCCAUGGCUUUUCCGAGACAGCUGAUGAUUCCGUGUGGAUGAAUGCCACGAAAAAUGCUCUGCUUGAUAAGGCAGACAUGAACGUCAUUCUCACCCAGUGGCAAGAGCUGGCCAACGGUCUCAGGUAUGACAUCGCUGCCAGAAAUACCUUUUACGUGGGUAUUGCUUUGGCUGAUCUGCUGAAGUUCCUUGAGAACAACACCGAAGGCUUCAACGGCAGCAAAGUACACCUCGUAGGCUUCAGUUUGGGCGCACAAGUGUCUGGAGUUGCUGGACACAAGUACCCAGGAGUGGCCAGGAUUACAGGUCUCGACCCCGCGGGCCCGCUGUUCGAAGACGGCAACCCGGAGAGCCGGCUUGACGCUUCCGACGCGGACCUCGUCGACGCCAUCCACACCAACGCAGGGAACCUCUUAACGGGACACUUCGGCUACAACGACCCCGUAGGACACCUCGAUUUCUACGUGAACGGCGGCAAUUCUCAGUACGGUUGCCCGCCUUUCAUCUGGGAUAGCAUCGUCGAGAUCAUAACACUGUCGCCAGGAGACAUCGACGCUUGUAGCCACGGUCGCGCCCACGAGUAUUUUCUGGAGUCCCUCCUCUCCCCCGAACCCACAGUCGGAUUUCAGUGCCCGGACUACGAGAACUUCGAGGUCGGAGAAUGCUUCAACACACCUCGAGCUGCUAUGGGUUACGAUGUCACACGCGAAGCUAGGGGAGUGUUUUACGUAGAUACGCAGGGCGAGGCUCCCUUUUUCUCUCGCCACCUGGAAGUGAACCUAACAAUAGGAGAGGGCGAGACCACAUACCACGGAGAAGUAACUUUCCAUACUAUCAUUCCUGGUCGAGAAACAAAGGAGGUUGUUAUGUUUAGUGGCUGGCCUUCUCUCCACCCUGGCGAUCUCCACCAGACUACCCUCACCAUACCCUCAGGAACGAGCACUGACGAGGUACCCAUCGACGUGGUAUUCCAUAAGAAUUACCUGCUGCCUCUCUCGCCCAGCCACCUCAACGUAGAGAGCAUUGGGGUUGUCGAUACGUACACGGAGCAAGAAUAUUGCAUGGCUAGCAAGAAGGUCCUCCAAUCUGGUACGACGUAUUCCCUGAAGGCUACACUUGGAUCCUGUUGAAUGAAGACCGUUUCUUGAAGGAGUGUAUGUGACGGAUAAGACACACCCAUUACAGCUGUGUAAAUAUAGGGAAACAAAAAAAUAAGACUGAGCCUAAUUUCAGCUGGGGAAAUACAGGAAAACAAAAGACCUAAGAUACUCAUUUCAAUUAGGGAUUUAGAGGGAAACAAAGAAUUUAAGACACAAUAACAUUUCAGCUGAAGAAAUAUAGGAAAACGAAUCCCAUUUCAGCAAAGGAUCAAUAAAGAAAAAAAAAAAAAAAAAAAAAAAAAAAUAAGAUAAACCAUCAUUUCAGGAAAAGAUGUAGAGGAAAACAAAAUAUUUAAGGCAUACCCAUUUCAGCAAAGGGUAUAUAUGAAAACAAAGGAUUCAAGACACACCCAUUUCAACUAGGGAUUCUAUACAGAAACAAAAUAUUUUAGUGUAGUGUCCAUGCUACCGCACCAGUAAUAAUAAUUUGCAAUAAUCGGACGAGAUAGUACUGGUCAUCAAGGUUAACAUAAAUGUUCAGUAAUGAGUUUAAGACGCAUGGUAAAUUUUAUGUGUUUAUUAAUUGAGUUUGUAUUUUAUGUCUUCAAAUAUCGGUAAUAUUCAACCUUUUCCUGUAGGGUACACGAUCUUCAUAGAAAUUCGCGUAGCUUUUUUUGGAAUGGAUUUGAUCAAAACGUAUAUGUUGGAAAAUAAGAUAUUGUAUUGACUCUGCCUAUGCUACGAUAUUGUAUAAUGUAUUGUCCUGACUAAUUAAAAUCGUAAUAUUU